AUGAAGACUGUUAUAGUAAUCGUGGCCAUCUUCACAUUUGUCUUCCUCACAUGUACCGUGCUCUUUGGCGAUUCGCCGUCGUUGCGAAACACUCCGAUACAAAGAGUGAAGAAGUCGCUACUUAGGCAGUUACAGAACACCUCGAAGAGUUUCAGCGCCUUGGACCAGAAGUUGAGCGGGAAAUUGACGUGGAGUUUGGGCUGGAGUGUGCCUGUGUUCUAUCUCGCUGUGAUCAGCACCUGCUUGUACUUUUUUUUCACUGAGACGUACCCCAAGGUGCUACCUUCUCUGAUUGUCGAGUCUUGGGCUCAUACUUUCUAUAUAUAUGUUUCUAUAAGUAUUCUAUAUACCUCUACCAUGCUAGUGAUAUACUCAGAUCCUGGAAUUAUCAAAAACAGCACCGACGUGGCUCGUGCCUGUGCCCGUUCUCCCUACAAUGAGUUAAUAUUCUUCUCCGGAAACGAAUGCUCUACGUGCAAGUUGUUGAAGCCAGCCCGUUCUAAACACUGCUCUACAUGUGGGCACUGUGUGAUGGUUUUCGACCACCAUUGUAUUUGGCUAAACAAUUGCGUCGGAUAUUACAACUAUAGAUGGUUUAUGCUUUACUUGAUUGCCAACAUAAACUUCUUGUUCUAUGGUGGUAUACUAUCGUUUGCGGGAUUGAAAAAGGCAAGAGAGGAGUAUUCUGACAUUGGUUGGUGGAAAUUGAUCGUGAAAACCACCGAAGAAGUCAAAAUCACUGGAGUAUUUGUGAUAUUGUGCUUCCUAUUCGUAAUCAUUACCAGUGCCUUUACAUUACUUCACUUGAGGUACAUUUACCUUGGAGUGACCACCAACGAAGUAGAUAAGUGGUCCGAAUUGGAGUAUUUAGUAGAGUUAGGAACAUUGUUUAGGAUCGAUCAGCCAGAUGGAAAAUUUGUCGAACGAGGCAUGUACUUCGAUAAGACUAACAAUAAGUAUAUUCAGGCAUUUAUUUCUUUGAAUGAUGAGAAGGUGCUAUUUACAGAAGACGAUAAGAAUUUCCCAAAACUUAAGAAAGUCGAGUCUGUAGAACGGGAUUUGGAUAAUAUAUAUGAUAGAGGGUUUAUAGAGAACUUGGCGGACAGAUUAUGUGUAAAUCGUUGA